AUGGAUGUAUCAAUGCAGGCUUUUUUUCCCAAACAAAGAAAUGAAAAUUGGCAAUGGCUCUAUGUUGGUGUGAUGGAGGAUGGAAGUGAAGUCGCGGUAAAACGAACGUUAACACAAAGUGGAGAAGAUGCAGCUAAAAAUGAGAACGAGAUUUUAAAUAUGAUAAAGACAGAGGAAUUCCCAUUUAUAGUCAGCUACCGACAUUGUUUACGCGAUGAUACCCUUGUGUACCUUAUUAUCGAUCUCUGUGAAGAAAACUUGAACAAUUACAUUCAGUCUCAAAACAUUGACUGCUUCCAACAACAUGGCCCAAGAAUGAUCAAAGAAAUAUUAACAGGACUUACAUUUUUACAAGAUCGACAGAUCUUGCUUAAAGAUCUAAAACCUCUAAACAUAUUUAUCGACAUUGAAGGUCGCAUGAGAUCGAUUAGUCGACUUUGGAAUAAGUCGCGUUCUAAAAGAAGAUGA